GGGAGUUUCGAUGUUGCAGACAGGAUGUUUCACAGCGUCAAGAGCACGUGGGAAUCAGCAUCAAAGGACAACAUGAGUGAUGUCAGGGAACUCAUUCCUGAAUUUUUCUACUUGCCAGAGUUCCUAACCAAUGCGAAUCACUUUGAACUUGGCUGCAUGCAGGAUGGAACAGUGCUGGGAGAUGUGCAGCUUCCUCCUUGGGCAGAUGGGGAUCCCCAUAAAUUCAUUCUCCUGCACAGACAGGCACUGGAAAGUGAGUAUGUCAGUGCACACCUUCAUCGCUGGAUAGAUCUGAUUUUUGGCCACAAGCAACAUGGCUCAGCUGCGGUGGAGGCAGUUAACACCUAUCACCCUUACUUCUAUGGAGACAAGAUGGACCUUAACAACAUUAAAGAUCCUUUGAUUAAGAGCACCAUCCUGGGUUUUAUCAGCAACUUUGGACAGAUACCAAAGCAGCUCUUCACGAAACCACAUCCAUCCAGGAACGCCCAAGGGAGAAGCUCAUCAGGAAGAGAGACUGUGCUGUCCCUUCACUCAAGUGGAAUUCUUCCUCCUUUUAUGAGCAGCCUGCAAAAUCUGAAGCUCUCACCAGUUACAAUAAAAGACUAUCCCAAAGGAGCUAUUGGGCACAUUGUGCACACUGAGAAAGGCAUUCUGGCUGUCGAGAAAAAUAAAGUUUUGAUUCCUCCUCUGUGGAGCAAAACAUUCUGCUGGGGAUUUGAGGACUUCACCUGCUGCUUUGGCAACUAUGGGUCUGAGAAGAAUAUGACUACAUUUGAGUGCAUGGCAGACUGGGGAAAGUGCCUCUGCGCUGUGUGUCCUUCAGCAACUACCGUAAUCACAUCUGGAACAAGCUCGGUUGUGUGUGUCUGGGAACUUUCCUUGGUCAAGGACAAAGUGAAAUGUCUAAACUUGAGACAGGCUUUGUAUGGGCACACUCAGGCAGUGACCUGCCUUGCUGCAUCUGUGACCUACAGCAUCUUUGUGAGUGGAUCCGAUGACAGAACCUGCAUCAUUUGGGACCUGAACCAGCUGACGUACAUAAAGCAGCUUCCUGCCCACAGGGCAAGCCUCUGUUCUGUUGCCAUCAACAAUUCAACAGGUGAUAUUAUCUCUUGUGCUGGAUCUUACCUAUAUCUGUGGACAAUCAAUGGCCAGCUUCUUGCAAGCAUUAACACCACCUGCAGCCCCAAAAGCCAUGUUGUUUGCUGCUGCUUCGCUGAAGUGAUGGACUGGGACACACGCAGUAUCAUCAUCACAGGAAGCACAGAUGGAGUGGUGAGGCUGUGGAGGAUUGAAUACACAAAUACUCCAGACCCAGCUGCUGGAGUGAGACUGCAGAGAGGCAUGAUGGAAGAACCAGGCAACACAGGUAACAAGUGUGGAAAACAUCUUGUUCUCUGUCGGGAACUGAAUCCCAGCCUUGCCUUGACUGGAAAACCAAGUAAGACCAGUCCAGCGGUGACAGCGCUGGCCGUAUCCAGAAAUUCCUCGAAGCUCCUAGUUGGUGAUGACUGGGGAAGAGUCUGCUGCUGGUCUGUGGAUGGAUAGGAAGAAAUAUUGAAGAACUCUUGCUUUUUCAGCCUUUUGGAUGGAGAGAAAA